AUGGAGGGGAGGGAGGAGCGCCAGGACAACACACGUGACAUGCGCAAUACCCUUGCCUCACAAACCGCAACACAUUCACAUCAACUCCAUCAAUUCGAUCUACGGCAGCAUUAUCUGAAAGCCAAUCUAUAUAGCAUUACACAACCCGAAAAUAAAGAUCUCUUCACCCCUCUUGCUCAUACUGGGAGCCAUCACCAACUGGAGGCAAGAGAGCCAGGCGGUGAAAGUCCGCUAAUUUAUGGCUUUGUCGCCGUUACCGUAACCCUCAACUACCUGCGUCAUUGGUAUCUCCGCGACCACUCCGACGGCAGAUUUGCGGCAAUCGUCGACUACAACGACGAAACCGAUAUGGUUACCAUUACUGUUGGAAUCGUAACGAGACCCGGAGACGACUGGGAAUCGGUUGAUUUCACAAUUGACCCGGACUACCAGUACUUUGAUUCCCCCCGAAGCCAUCAGACUGAGACAGUACCGCAACUUAGGGAUGGGAGAAAUGUACAUGCCAAUUAUAGGGUGUCUGACAUCGAAAACUACAUCCGGCGUGAGGGCCACCAUAUUCAAGGGUCUAUUGAGGAUCACGAAUUUGAAUUUCGUGUGGACUAUGUCAUCAGCAGGAGAUAG